UUGGCGAUUUGUGACCAUCUGCUGCUUCUUUGCGAAAAUGCAGUUGUGGAUCUCUUUGUACAAGUAAGAUCAGAAAACGCAUUAUCAAGCAAGUUCUCCUGGAGUUGCCUUCAUAUGACCUGCUCAUGAUGGCCGGUUCGUCCGCCAAACGAGAGGGCCCGCAGUUCAUCAGCGAGGCGGCUAUGCGGGGCAACGCGGCCGUGCUGGACUACUGCCGCACCUCGGUCUCCGCGCUGUCCGGGGCCACCGCCGGCAUCCUCGGCCUGACCGGUCUGUACGGCUUCGUUUUUUACUUCCUCGCCUCCUUCCUCCUCUCUCUCCUUCUCAUACUCAAGGCCGGCCGGAGGUGGAACAAGUGUUUAAAGUCCAGGCGGUUGCUCGUCACAGGAGGGCUUGUGGGUGGACUGUUCACCUACGUCCUGUUUUGGACCUUCCUCUACGGCAUGGUGCAUGUGUACUAGCUGCUGCGCCGCCGGUCCAAAAACCACACAGCCCCACUGAUCUCGGGUAAAUGACUCGCAAUGAGGGUUUGGCGUUUCGAAAUUAUGUUACAGCAUCGUGACGUUAUAUAGGUUCAAGUCAGCUGCA